CACAGUGAGACUCCAUCUCAAAAACAAAAAAACAACAACAAAAAGGAAUGGAGCUUCCCAGCAGACAAGACAAAGAAAGAAAGUAAAAAAGGAACUCACAUCUCUUGCUCCCUGACACAGCAGCACCUCCUGGGUAUACAAGUUAUCCACUCUCUCAAUGCAUUAGGAGGUAGAAAAUAGAAAGGACUGGUCCUUUAGGGCUCAUCACAGUGUCACCCCUUCUAGCACCUAAACGUCAUCUCCAACCACCUUGUACACACACACCUGCACAAAGGAGGAAAUCCUUUAGGGUUGGUGGGAGUUGGGGGGCAGAGGAGCCAGUGAUACAGCCCCUCAGAAACUAUCCCAGGGCCCACGGUGUGCAUGCACAAGCUAUGUGAGGCUAACUUUGCUGCUGCAGAGUAAGGACCCCCACUGUCUGUCCUGGGUAACCUCUACCAUCAGUCCCUACAGGUAUGACCUCCUCAUACAGUAACCUAAGCAGCAGGUAGCUAGGUGAAGGAGAGUGAGAAGCUGACAGGUGGCUGGUCCCACCACAGAGUCUGCAUGAUAUGACAUUCCCAUUGAAAGACAAUGAGAGAAGCCCCCACGUGGCUGGCGAGUUAUCAUUACAAUUGCUCUUAAGAUACAUUUUAUCAAGACCACAAAAGCCUUGCCAAUUGUGAGCAGUCAUUUUGGACCAGAGGCAGCAGGUGAGGUUGACAGAGCAACAGCACAAAAGGAGCCAGGUCUCUGGUGACCUUGGAGCCACCACACUAGCCCUGGAUUACCUGCCUCCAAAAGAGGAGUCUGCUUCCCUCCUCUUGAAGCCACUGGUGUUUGUGGUGGGAUUGGUGCGUGCAGCCAAAUCAAAUCCUGUGCAAUCCAUCAGACUUUUCUGUGUUGGCCAAUGUGAGUGUCAGCGAACAGGAGACACAUGGGACUGGUGGGUGAGGAGCAUGAAUAAUGGUGACUGAAGGGCAAACUGGGAGUAAAUGAGAGCAAGGAGAGGCAAAGGGCAAUGGAAUGGAGGUGAAUGAACACCAGAGUGGAGUGGAUGUGGGCCAAAGUGAGGGAAUGACUAUGCAUGCAUCAAUUAUGAAUGAAUAUGAGAUUAUGAUGAGAUUAAGUAAAUGCUGGGAAAUAAGGCACAGUCUCAGCGGAAAAAAAGUGAAAGUGGGAACAGACUCUGAAUGGGGCAACUGAAGGGGGUGAAUGUGAGUGGAGUUUAUAUGAGUACUAAGGAUUAGAGUGUGAAUGAAUGGUGGUUUUAUGAGGCACAAGAUGAAUGAAGAGAGGGGAAUUUAGGGAGACAGUAGGAGUGAAUGUGGGUAAUGUGGGAUGGAAAGGGAAGAAUGGGGUGCGGGAAGGACAGAAUAAAAGAGUGGAGAUGGAGACAUGGUAGAAUGUGAAGCAGGCCGAGUUUGAGUGCGGGUGCUAUGAGGGAGAAGGGUGACUAGAGAUGACUGGGAUUAGAUGGGCGUAAUACAGGGUAGUAGCCCAGGAACGUGGGUGUACAGGGAUCCCAGUGGGAAUCGGCAAAUAUGAAUGAGCUGAAGAGCGCGCAUGAAUGGAGGUGAUGUUGGGCAGAGUGAGAGGGAAUGAAAGUGAAGAGCAGAGGAUGGGUGAAGGUGGGUAUUGCGAGGCAGAGAGUGGAACUCACCUUUACUUGGGUGAGUAAAGCAAGGAAACAUGGGGAGCCCGAUGUGAGCAAAAGUAACGAAUUUGAGGCACAGUGUGACAGAAUGUGGGUACUGGGAGGCAGAAUAUGAGCAAGAAGAGGGUGAUAGGGGUUACAAUGGGAAUAGAUUUAAAUGAAUGAGGCAGUGAGAGGCAGAGUGAGAGUAAAUGGAGGCAAUGAAGAGAAAACUGAGAAAGAACAGUGACCAAGCGUAGGCUAAGUAUAUGUGGGUAACUUCACCUAGUGUUUGGGAGUAAUAGGGACAGAGCUCCAGGAAAUGGGGGUGUUCCUGGGACAGCAUCUGAGAGAAUAGAGGUGAAGGAGGGGCAGAAAGGGAAUGAAUGGGGGAAAUAAUGAGGCCCCGGGUCAAUGAAAGAAGCUGAAGGCUGGGCCACGUGCGAGUAAGCCAGAGUCAUUUGAUGCAGGGGUGGGAAAUAGAGAUAAAUAUAGGAAAGGAAAUGAGUCUGAGCGAGAGUGAGUGGGGUGAAUAAGGAAUAUGACAUGAGAGAAUUUGGGUAAUGCUAAGUAGACUGUGGGGAAUUGUGAUAAUAUGAGGCCCAGUAUGGGUGAAUAUAAGUGGCUGAAAGGCAGUGUAAGUGAAUGGAGGAACAAAAGGCAGAAUGAGAAUGAAGUUGAAAAAGCAGGCAUAAGAAUGUAUAUGUAAUAUGCCAUUUGUAAUAUGAAACGUGGGGCACAUUCCAGUAAAUUAGGAUGGAACAGCACUUUAAGUGCAGAGAUGACUCAACCAAGGAUGAGUGCUAUGGUUUGAAUAUGUCCCUUCCAAAAUUCAGAUGUCAGAAACUUAAUCCCCAAUGCAACAGUGUUGGGAGGUAGGGCCUUUAAUCCCCAAUGCAACAGUGUUGGGAGGUGUUUAGGCUUCUGUGCUCUGUGUUCCAGAAUCUACCACUUAGACCUUUGCUCAUAGAGCCCAGAGUUCCAGAAUGCCCCUAAUUCCGAACACCGCAGGGUGAGUCUGGAGCAAGUCACCUGGGAGGGCUUACAGGUGCCAUAAUGCAGGCCUGGGGCACUGUGGUAGUGACCUUGGCCACACUGAUGGUUGUCACUGUGGAUGCCAAGAUCUAUGAACGCUGUGAGCUGGCGGCAAGACUGGAGAGAGCAGGGCUGAACGGCUACAAGGGCUACGGCAUUGGAGACUGGCUGUGCAUGGCUCAUUAUGAGAGUGGCUUUGACACCGCCUUCGUGGACCACAAUCCUGAUGGCAGCAGUGAAUAUGGCAUUUUCCAACUGAAUUCUGCCUGGUGGUGUGACAAUGGCAUUACACCCACCAAGAACCUCUGCCACAUGGAUUGUCAUGACCUGCUCAAUCGCCAUAUUCUGGAUGACAUCAUGUGUGCCAAGCAGAUUGUGUCCUCACAGAAUGGGCUGUCUGCCUGGACUUCUUGGAGGCGGCACUGUUCUGGCCAUGAUUUAUCUGAAUGGCUCAAGGGGUGUGAUAUGAACGUGAAAAUUGAUCCGAAAAUUCAUCCAUGACUCAGAUUCGAAGAGACAGAUUUUAUUUUCCUUUCAUUUCUUUCUCUUGUGCAUUUAAUAAAGGAUGGUAUUGAUAAACAAUGCAAAAAAUGCUGUGAUGUCUGACUCUCUUCAUUUAUUCAAUGCCCGGAAGUACCCUUCCGUCACAGUAUUCUGUCACUUCCUCCAUAUAUUCAAAGCUCUAAUUAAGAAAUACCAGACCACUCAGGGUGGGGAAGGAAGGGAGGAUAGUGUUGUGAAUCAAGAGCAUGUGUUCUCCUGGGUUCAAAAACCAUCUCUACCACCUACUAGCCUUGGAAGAGGUACUUAAUUUCUCUGUGCCUCAGUUUCCUCAUCUGUUAAAUAAGGAUGAUAAUAAUAGUAACUACUUGAUGGGGUUAUUGGGAGGAUUAAAUGAAUUAAUAUUUGUAAAACGCAUAAAGUGCUUGGUACAUAAGACAGUUAUAGGUUUGGAGAUGGAGUGGGAUGGGAGAGAUGAAAAUUGGCUUCCCUUAAAAAGAAUCAGUCUCAGCAGGGUGCGGUGGCUCACGCCUGUAAUCCCAGUACUUUGGGAGGCCAAGCCAGGCAGAUCAUGAGGUCAGGAGUUCGAGAC